AUGUCCGCGGACUGGCGCGCGUUCGACGACGACAACGCACAACAGGAUGACCCGUACACCGCCGCCGCGCGCGCGUGCGACGACGAAACGAACACCACGAGCGACGCCCUCGAUAAGGAUUUCGAGCACCUCUCGAUCGACCAGCACACGCUCGUGAACGAUCUCUUGGACGACGACGAGUACGAUCGAGACGAUGUAUACGGCGGAGAUGAAGGUAACCGAUCGAGUGAGCACGCGUGCGCGUACUGCGGGAUAUCGAACGCCUCCUGUGUCGCGCAGUGCGUGAAGACGAAUAAGUGGUUCUGUAACGGACGGUCGAACGGAUUACCGGCGAGCUGCCUGAUCUAUCACCUGGUGCGGUCGAGGAAUAAGGAGGUGCGAUUGCACGAGAGCUCGCCGUUGGGAGACAUGCUGCUGGAGUGUUACGUCACAGGGGCGACAAAUGUGUUCAACCUUGGGUUCAUACCGUGCAAGGAUGAAAACGUGGUCGUGCUCGCUACGCGGGACGCUGCGCAGAGUAAUCCGGCGGCAUUGAAGGAGUUGAAUUUAGAUAUUUCGCUUUGGGAGCCGUUGAUUCAGGACAAGGUGUUCCUGCCGUGGCUGGUGCAGGUGCCCGAGGAGUCGGAGAUUUUACGUGCGCGUCAGGUGAGCCCCGCCAAGGUGAUCAAACUCGAGGAGUUGUGGAAGACCAAUCCGGAAGCUACUCUCGAUGAUGUCGAGAAACAGGAAGGAAACGAAGAUUAUCAACCAGUUGCGUUGCAGUACGAGGAUGCGUACCAGUAUCAGAAUAUUUUCGGGCCUUUGAUAAAGCUGGAAGCCGACUAUGACAAGGCGCAGCGAGAGAACCAAACAAAGGACAACAUCACGAUUCGUUGGGACGUCGGGUUGAGUAAGCGCAAAAUUGCGUAUUUCUGCUUCGGCGCGGAUGAAGAAAAGGUCUCGGUGGCGCUUGGUGAUUCGCUUCAGCUUCGUUUGCUCAUGCAGACGCCGAAUGGACCGCAGCUGUGGCAAGGGCAGGGAGUCGUCAUCAAGUUCACGGCGCAAGAGGAAGUGGGCGUCGAGAUGUACGGUAUGGACGCACCCGUUGAAAGCUCCACCGGGUACAGCGUGGACUUUUUGUGGAAAGGUACGAGCUAUGAACGUGCACAACAGGCGUUGAAGUCGUUUGCAGUGGAUGAAACUUCGUGCUCCGGGUACAUUUACCACAAACUUCUUGGCCACGAAGUCGAGGAUCAAAAGUUACACGUGGACGUUCCCAAGGGGACAAAGUUGACCGCGCCGGGCUUACCAGAGCUAAACGACAGUCAGUUUAAUGCGGUUAAGGAAGUGCUCGAGAGACCGCUUAGCUUAGUGCAAGGUCCGCCCGGCACUGGUAAGACCGUGACGUCAGCCACUAUAGUGUAUCACUUAGCCAAGCGUGGUAACGGCCAGGUGAUUGUUUGUGCUCCGUCGAAUGUGGCCGUGGAUCACCUCGCGGAAAAGAUCGAGAAGACAGGUUUGAAGGUCGUUCGAAUCAGUAGUAGAAGUAGGGAACACUUAGUUUCGUCCGUGGAGCAUUUGACACUCCAUUAUCAGGUGGCAAAUAUCGGUGGAGCCACGCACAAGGCGUUCCAAAAACUGCAAGCGCUAAAAAAUGAGUGCGGCGAAUUGAGUCCCGGAGAUGAGAAGAAGUAUAAAAACGCGCAAAAGAAACUAGAACGAGAUAUACUCGAGAAUGCCGAUGUGAUUUGCACCACUGCAGUCGGUGCUGGCGAUCCGAGACUCGCAGACUUCCGUUUCCGCAUGGUGCUCAUCGAUGAAUCAACGCAAGCCACCGAGCCAGAGUGCUUGAUUCCCAUCGUCAUGGGUGCGAAGCACGUUGUGAUGGUCGGUGACCACCGUCAGCUCGGACCGGUCGUGACUUGCAAACAAGCACACGCCGCUGGCCUGGCGCAGUCGCUGUUCGAGCGUCUUAUUGCGCUUGGGAUAAAGCCGAUUCGUUUGGGGGUCCAGUACCGCAUGCAUCCGUGCUUAUCAGACUUUCCGAGCAAUAAAUUUUACGAAGGAGUACUAUCGAAUGGUGUGAGCGCAAGUGAUCGAACGCUCUCACACGUGGACUUCCCUUGGCCCGUGCCAUCGAAGCCUAUGAUGUUUUGGAGUCAGACUGGACAAGAAGAAAUGAGCGCAAGCGGGACGUCAUUUCUCAAUCGAGCCGAGGCGGUAGCAGUGGAGAAGUGCGUGACGCAUCUGCUCAACUCCGGCGUAAGUCCAGAAGACAUUGGUGUUGUGACACCGUACGAAGGACAACGCGCGUACGUGGUUCAACACAUGACGCGCGUUGGUGUGUUGCACCCGCAACUGUAUAAGGACAUUCAGGUUGCGAGUGUGGACUCCUUCCAGGGCAAGGAAAAGGACUUUAUCAUCAUGACCUGCGUGCGCUCUAACGAAAAAUCUGGCAUCGGUUUCUUGAGCGAUCCGAGACGUUUGAACGUCGCGAUCACGCGCGCGAGAAGCGGGCUCAUCAUCAUCGGCAACCCCAAGGUGUUGAACAAACAGUUGCUCUUCCACGACAUGCUGACCCAUUUCAGACAAAAGAAGUGCCUCGUGGAAGGCGCAUUGGGAUCGUUGAAGCAGUGCAUGGUAGCCCUCCCCGAACCUGUCAUCUCAGCCAAGGACCCGUGGAGGCGAAUGAAUGCGCAGCGCGGUGCAAAAGUCUCCGCAGAGCAGCGCUUUGUUAAUGAGUUUCCAGAGCUCGGCCAGGCGUACGCAUACGGCCGCUUCGGAGGGCAGUUUCGCGACAUCGACGACUCCGAAUCCGAGUACUCAUACGCCCCCGAGUCUGAGUACUCCUACGCUCCUCCGAGCGAGGUCGAUUACACACAACCGCCGGCGCACCGAGCGUACGAAUAUUAG